AUUGAUGAUCGGACACGCUGAUUUCAUUGUCUGAGGAGACAGUGAGACCCAGGAAAAAUCUUGCUGAAUCUGCCUGCCCCAGCACUGGCCUGAUUUGGGAUCCUUCGAUCCUUCCCGUAACCGCACCACGCCCCGAGAUGAAUCUACGUUCUGUAUUUACUGUAGAACAACAAAGGAUUUUACAGCGUUAUUAUGAAAAUGGAAUGACAAAUCAAAGUAAAAAUUGCUUUCAGCUCAUAUUACAGUGUGCACAGGAGACUAAGCUGGACUUCAGUGUAGUCAGGACGUGGGUUGGCAAUAAGAGAAGAAAAAUGAGUAGUAAGAAUUCUGAAUCAGGAGCAGCAACAACAGGAACUCUUCCUGGUACCUCUUUGACAUCUUCAGACAUUACAGUCAGAAAUGUAGUUAACAUCACUCGACCCUCAAGCCAGCAGUCUUCCUGGACAUCUGUCAAUAAUGAUGUCAUUGUAACUGGUACAUACAGUCCAGCAAGUUCAUCAAGUAGGCAAGGGACAACCAAACAUUCAGAUACACAACUUACAGAAGCACAUAAAAUUCCUAUUCAGAAAACGGCCAGUAAAAGUGAUACUGAGUUUGAGUUGCACAUUCCUGUUCAAAGACAAGUAGCACACUGUAAAAAUGCCUCUCUGCUCUUAGGUGAAAAAACAAUUAUCUUGUCAAGACAGACAAGUGUGCUAAAUGCUGGAAAUUCAGUAUACAGUCACACAAAGAAGAACUAUGGAAGAUCUUCAAUGCAAGCCUCUGAUAUGAUGGUACCUCAAAAGCCAUCUUUGUGCCACCAACCUUGCAAAAUUGAACCAGUUGGAAUUCAAAGGUCGUAUAAGCCUGAACACACAGGUCUAGCACCACAUAACUUAUGUGGGCAAAAGCCACCUAUUAGAGACCCUUACUGUAGAACACAAAACUUGGAAAUCCGUGAGGUAUUUUCAUUGGCUGUUAGUGAUUAUCCCCAGAGAAUUCUGGGGGGAAAUGCCCCACAGAAGCCUAGUUCAGCACAAGGAACUUGUUUGUCCAUUGCAAUGGAGACUGGAGAUGCUGAUGAUGAGUAUGCCAAAGAGGAAGAGUUGGCAUUGAUGGGAGCACAGAUACCAAACUACUCAAGAUUUUAUGAAAGUGGCAGAUCCCUUGGGACAGAGAACCAAAGUACAGCAUUGCCUGGACCAGGAAGAAAUAUGCCAAAUUCACAAAUGGUGAAUAUUAGAGAUUUGUCAGACAAUGUACUGUAUCAAAACAGAGACUACCAUUUGACACCACGGACCUCAUUACAUACAGUAGCUACUACAAUGUACAGUAAUACAAAUCCAUCACGGAGUAAUUUUUCUUCACAUUUUGCAUCAUCAAACCAAUUGAGAUUGUCACAAAACCAAAACAAUUACCAGAUUUCAGGAAACCUUACUGUGCCUUGGAUUACAGGGUGUUCUAGAAAAAGAGCACUACAAGAUCGCACUCAGUUCAGUGACCAAGACUUAGCCACCCUUAAGAAGUACUGGGACAAUGGAAUGACCAGCCUUGGUUCAGUUUGUAGAGAGAAAAUUGAAGCAGUUGCAACUGAAUUAAAUGUUGACUGUGAAAUAGUUCGGACUUGGAUUGGGAAUCGAAGAAGGAAAUAUCGUUUAAUGGGGAUUGAAGUUCCGCCUCCAAGAGGAGGCCCUGCUGAUUUCUCUGAGCAGCCUGAGUCUGGUUCUUUGUCUGCACUCACAUCAGGAGAGGAAGCUGGUCCUGAAGUAGGAGAGGAUAAUGAAAGAAAUGAUGAAGUAUCCAUCUGUUUGUCUGAAGGAAGCUCUCAAGAAGAGUCCAGUGAAGUUCCAAAUGAGACAAGGGUUCAUAAGGAGGAGGACCACCAUGCAGUAUCUGCAGAUAAUGUGAAAAUAGAAAUUAUUGAUGAUGAAGAAAGUGACAUGAUAAGUAAUUCUGAAGUUGAACAAGUCAAUUCUCUCUUGGAUUAUAAGAAUGAAGAAGUCAGAUUCAUUGAAAAUGAGCUAGAGAUUCAAAAGCAAAAAUACUUUAAACUUCAGACAUUUGUUAGAAGCUUGAUACUAGCUAUGAAAGCUGAUGAUAAGGAACAACAACAGGCACUGCUGUCAGAUUUACCUCCUGAAUUAGAAGAGAUGGAUUUCAAUCAUGCCUCACCAGAGCCUGAUGAUACCUCAUUCAGUGUGUCUUCUUUAUCAGAGAAAAAUGCCUCAGACAGCUUGUGAUUUGACAGGGGUUACAUGAUACAUACAGACUUUUGACUGCCUAACAGUUGUGCAUUUCCAGAUAACUGCAUUCUCUUGCCUCAAAAUUCCUCAGUUGGAAAAACAUAUUGUUGGAACUGACACAUUCUGUGAAGAAUGGACAAGAUAUAAUGGCUACAAUGUAAAAAUGUAUGUGAAAUUUAAAAGCAUCAUUUGAGAAAUUUUUCCAAACUGAUAAAACUCUGAGGAACAUUUGUAUUUAAUUUUUGACAGUUUAUCUGAAAUGUGUAAUGUCUAAUUUCUGAAAGAUUUUUGUUUGGUUUUUAGAAUAAUCUUAGUUUUAGUAAUAGUUUUGACCCAAAACAUAAAAAUAAAGUUAUUUCAGCAUUACUUAUCAAGUUACUAAAGCUUGGUUAGCUUUGUUUUAUAGCCAUUACAUCUUUAUUCUCUCUCCUUUUCCUAUCAGCUACAUACACCUUUACUCAGGAAAGUGGACUGAAAUUUGAAAACAAAACCUUAAAAAUGAUUUUACCUGAAUGAGUCCUAGGAUAUAUUUCGAUUUCCUAUGACAAUUUGACUUCAGCUGAUGAAUGAAAAUUUAAGGAUCACUGGUUUAUAAUUGUAAAUUAUUGGUAUUCUUCCAUUUUCUAACCCAAAUAUUUGGGCGGUAGGGGGAAAUCACUAUGGAAAAGUAAUUAACCAACAUGAAAUCAAAUAAAUUAUUAAGUGUAUAGAAACAAAAUGUUGUAAAAGAUUAGUCUUAAUGGGGAUUCUUCAUUGUUGCAAAUGACAAAUAUUGGUAAGAUUCACAUUCUACUAGUAAAUCUGUAUAACUAAGUUAGAUGGAAUUUUGCACAAGUAUUAUACUUUUAUCACUAUCUUCAUAAUACUUUUGCAAUUCUUACAUUUUAUGAAACAGGAAGUCAAGGUAGAGUCUUCUUUUUUAAUCUAGCCACUGAGUUUUGUCACAAAUUUUGCCCCAUUCUCAUCUGAGGCUUGUACAGAGCCAUCCACCAAGGAUAAUAUCCAAAAAGAGUUAUACACUACUGUGGUUGUAAAUCACAGUCCUCUGAAUUUCCUGGACACUUUUCUGUGAGUGCACUCCUAAAAUGGGCAUGCCACCCAGUUGUUCUAUUAGUAGGUACCAGAUGGCCAUACACUGUAGACAAUUCUUUGCACACUGUUCCUUCUGGGGUACCAGCUGGCAUUACCAAGACCCAAAGAAGGGAAAAUGCCAGUUUCUUAGUUUCUCCCUGAGCACACAGCAUCAUGUUUUUGCGAGUUGGCUGUGUGGAGUUGUGUUGCAUUGUUAAAUUAUUAUCUAUUCCUAAAAGAUUAAUCAAGUAUCUAGAUGGCUUUCAUUUUUUUUUAAGAGAGGGAAAGAGAGAGGUGGGGGAAGGGCAGAGGGAGAGGGGGAGAGAGAGAAUCUUAAGCAGGUUCUAUGCCCAUCCCAGAGUGCUAUAAAGGUCUCAAUCUUACAACCCUGAGAUCAUGACCUGAGCUGAAAUCAGUAGUCAGAUGCUUAACUGACUGAGCCACCCAGAUGCUCCAACUAGAUGGCUCUUUUGGCCAUCAAGUUUCUAUGUCACAUAUUUUUGUAAUUUGCAAGCAAAAUCAAUUUUGAUCUUGGAAUUCAGAUACCUAUUUAUGAAUGCAAAAAGGCAGUCAUGUUUAUCUUUGACCUUGAAAUGUCCGUUGGUAAUCCUUUAUUUUGUCAGCUAUUGUUUAUGACUAUUGCCAUGCUACUGCUAUGGUUCUUUUGUUAACAGAAAUAUUUCAGUGGUUAGGUAUGAUCCCUUUUAGAUAAAAGCCAUACAGUUCUUUUCAAAUAAUGUUUAAUACUCCUUGCUGUGAAGUAAAAUUCCAUUCAGAAAAAGAGUUCUGAGUAAAAGAACUUCAGGCAUUAGGAAUAAAUUUAUCAGUCAAUUCCUCCAUGAGAUAGAGAGUCCCUACGUAAGUGUAGAAACCAUCUCAUAGGAUAGAAUGAACAAAUUCCAGGAUUUCAAGUCUCUCCUAGGAGCUCCAUCCUAUUCACUGAGUUUAUCUUUAAACUGUAAUUUCUUCUGCUCCAAUUUAAGCUCUGUCUUAUUUGGUUCUUUUUUUCCCCCAAUUUUAUUUUAUUUUUUCAGUGUUCCAAGAUACAUUGUUUAUGUACCACACCCUCUUGUCACCAAGUAAGGAUAGAUAAUUCUCUCCUACAUCUUUCGGCUUUACAGAUUGUAUCGGUUACACCUCAGCAAUUAGACACCAAAUCAAAAAAUAUUCAUCGAGCCUCUGCUAUAGGGACAUUUGAUUUCUACUCCUUAGCAAGGCAUAAACUUCAAAACGAAUUAUGUCUUUUCACUUUCUCAGAGAUACUAAUAAAAGUUAUUUAAGUAGAAAUUUUAAUAAACUUAAAGAUUGUUAGGUGUGAUUCCUAAAAAAAUGAUCAUCUACAAUUUUGAGAGGACACAUUGAUGAUUUCUUUGUUCCUGUUUAAAGUUCCAUUAAAAUAGAAACAGUACACGUAGGAAUCCUUUUGUUUUGUGUUUCAGCACCAGAGUUAUUUAUUUUAUCCUCAAAAUUAAAACAUUUAAAAAAUGAAAUGUAGUUGUUCUGUACCAGGGACCAAAAGAAAUAGCUGCAUCCAGAAAAAAAAAUCAUAAUUGAUAGAAUUAAAUUAAGUACUGCAGAUUUUUUAAAAGUUGCCAAAAUCAAGUGUUAAAAGUUUAUUAUGAAGAAAAUAUAUUUUUUAACACAUAAUAGGUUGGAAUUUUUUGAGACAUCUUAAAGCAGAAAAAUAUCAGUUUGACUGCUUUUGUGACAUCUUCAUGACUAGGGGGAGAAAAACAACUAACGUUUCAUUCUUUAGGGUUUUGACACAUUAAAACAGACCAUACUAUCUGAAGCAUCUCUCAUAAUGACAGAUACCAAGGUGAAAUUUUUUUUUUCCUUUUAACUACACUUUGAUGUUUGCUUUCAGCUUAGGAUAGCCAAGCAGUUUCUAAGUAACAAAUGUUUAUCUAAGAACACUUACUUUAAAAUAGGUUUUAAAAAAUAACCUGAAGAUACCUUCCUCAUUCCAGCCAAGCUAACAUUAGUCACAAGAAAAUGAGAACUAUAGUUACCCUGGAAAAUAGCAAACUUAGCAUAUGCAAGGAAAAUAUUAAAAGAACAUUGUUCUUAAUGAAUUUUGGAACACUGAGAAAGAAAAGAAAAGAAAAUUGGACUUCUUGGAGGGCACCUGUAUGGUUCAGUCUGUUAAGCAGCUACCUUUGGCUCAGGUCAUGAUCUCGGGGUCCUGGGAUAGAGCCCAGCAUCAGGCUCCCUGCUGAGCAGGAAGUCUGCUUCUGCCACUGCCCCUACCCUCUGCUCAUCCUCCCUCUCUUUCUCUCUCUGUCAAAUAAAUAAAAUCUUAAAAAAGAAAGAAAAUUGUUCUUUCUAUGGGAACUGGGGAUGCUUUGUUGUAAGGUCAUAUAUCAACAUUAGAACUUCUAUGCUUACCAAUGUAAUCAUGAUAAAAAUGUUAUUGUUGGAGAUGAAAAAGCUACAUCAUGUGCUGUGUAUACUACCAGAACUUCAAGAAAUGUCAAAGAGGCCCCAAAGACAACAGUAUCUAUUUUAAGGCACUUUCAUAGCCAGUCAUCUUUAAAUUUGUAGGAAAAACAGAAGCGAUGUAUUUAGAAGAAUUGUAGGCUCUAAAUUAGACUUUGUUGCUUUAUAUUUGGGGGGAGGAGGGGACAUUCAGCCCAUUUCCAAGGAAUAGUUUCCUCAUUUUAACCCGAUAGUUUAUGAUCAUUUUUAGAAGAAAUUCUUAAUAUUUUAAGGCCUGUCCUUUCUCCACAUUGUAGUGAUGCUAUAGCAGGAGUAUUGCCUAUUUAAAAAUAUAUAUAUAUUAGAUUUUCAUUCAGGUCCUAAAAAAUGACAAAUUCUGAUAUAUUAGCCCUUUAAAGAGCUAUCAGUGCUAUAGUGUCUAAAAGAUGAGUAAAUGUUUAUCUUUGAAGUUGGUGUUAUUUUUGGAAGACAACACUAGUAUACUCAUCAUAUCGGGCUAUUAUUUUGUGAUAAUAUAAGGGAGGAUCCUACUAAUUUGUGAGACUAUGGUCAGCAUACUAUUGCCCCAAACAAACCAUUAUUAAGGUCAUAUUUCUUAAAAUGGAAAGAGAAUAAAAUAAUAUUUUCAUGAAACUAUAAUUAUGAUUGUUCCGUUAAAGCUUAUACUGAGUAUAUAUUGCUCUGCAUUGAUAUUUUAUUUUAUGUUAACUUGUUAAGUAAUUCCUUUAAGUGAUUAUGCAUCCCAUUUUACUGAUACUACCUCUGAAAUAUAUUACCACCUUAAAACUACAUUAUUGUAAUGUGAUCUUUUAUAGGGUUUUUAUUUAAAUUUUAUAGAGGCAAUAAAUGA